AAAAGAAAACUUGUUUAAUCAUUUGUUCCAAUGUGAACUUGUUUAACUGUGUUACGUCGAUUUAACUCUUUAUCAGACCAUAUAAAAACACCAUAAAAACCCACAAUCUUCUUUGCAAUCUCAACAUAUAUACUUACGCAUAUACAUACAGCAACAGUUUCUGUAACUCGACCCCAUGGCUUCACCAUCACAAGCAAGCCUCCUUUUGCAAAAGCAACUCAAGGAUCUUUGUAAGAAUCCGGUGGAUGGGUUUUCAGCUGGCUUGGUUGAUGAAAGUAAUCUUUUUGAGUGGAGUGUGACAAUUAUUGGGCCACCAGAUACUUUAUAUGAUGGAGGCUUCUUUAAUGCUAUUAUGACGUUCCCACAGAAUUAUCCAAACAGCCCUCCUACUGUGAGGUUUACCUCAGAAGUAUGGCACCCCAAUGUUUACUCUGAUGGGAAGGUUUGCAUCUCCAUACUUCAUCCCCCGGGUGAUGAUCCUAACGGAUAUGAGCUUGCUAGUGAGCGCUGGACCCCAGUCCAUACAGUAGAGAGUAUAGUUCUAAGUAUUAUAUCAAUGCUUUCAAGUCCAAAUGAUGAAUCUCCAGCAAAUGUGGAAGCUGCGAAAGAAUGGAGAGAAAGAAGAGAUGAUUUCAAGAAGAAAGUCGGCCGAUGUGUGAGACGGUCUCAAGAGAUGAUGUGAACUCGCUGUGUACUGUUUCACAUUUCAGAAUAUUUCUUGAAAGUUCUUCAUUGCAUCACCUUGGCCUGUCUGUUCUUCAUAUUUAUUCAUUUUUUCUGUCCUUUUAUUUGUUUUUUUACAUUGGUGAUGUUAAUUGCUUUGGUGAUUUCUCCUCUCCUGUUUAAA